CUGAACAAUGAUUUCUGAGCUGAUAAGAAAACAAAGCAACUGAAUACAUUUUGCUAUUUUGUACUUCGGCACUGAAAUUUAUAACUUCGCAAGUGUAACUUGAAACCAUAAAGCAGAAAAUUGCGUGUAUUCAGUCUUAAUUCCUGGGCAGAUUUACAAAUUUAUAAAACGAUGAAGGUAUCCUCAUUUUGGAUCUAUGUGCUUCUAAUCUCUAUAAAGGAAGUCGUUUACGCCGCGUCAUAUUUUAAACCAAAAAAUAUAUCCCCAGUAAUAUUUGUUCCAGGUGAUGGCGGAAGUCAACUUGAAGCUAAACUCAAUAAAUCGAGCGCACCUAUCUAUUGCUCAAAGAAAUCUGAUUGGUACAGCUUGUGGUUGAAUCUUGAGUUGUUGGUAAUACCGCCUAUUUAUUGUUGGGUGGAAAAUGUCAAACUAUAUUAUGACGAAGUAACGCGAACCACACACAAUUCACCAGGAGUUGAGAUACGGGUUCCCGGUUGGGGUGAUCCUGAAGUUGUCGAAUGGAUAGAUCCAACACAUAAUAAAGCUGGGGCCUACUUUAAAGAUAUUGCAAAUAUGCUAGUAGAUUUAGGAUAUGAACGAAAAAAGAAUAUACAUGGAGCACCGUAUGACUUUCGAAAAGGACCAAGUGAACAUCGUCAAUUUUUCAUUGAUUUAAAAAAACUUGUUGAGGAUUCAUAUGAACGAAACUUAAAAUCACCCGUAACUUUCAUAACCCACAGCAUGGGUAGUCCAAUGACAUUAGUAUUUCUCCACCAACAGACAACGGAAUGGCGAAAUAAAUACGUAAAACGGCAGAUAAGUUUAGCCGGAGCAUGGGCGGGUAGUAUGAAAGCGCUUAAAGUAUUUGCAAUGGGUGAUGAUUUGGACUCUUUUCUUCUCAGUGGAAAAAUUUUGAAAGAAGAACAAAUUACUAAUCCCUCUACCGCAUGGUUGCUACCCUCACCUCUGUUUUGGGCACCUUCGGAGGUCUUGGUAGAAACACCAUCACGUGUUUAUAAAAUGUCACAAAUGAAACAAUAUUUUGAUGACAUUGAUUAUUCCGUUGGUUGGCAGAUGCGAAAGGACAAUAUGCAAUUUACAUUAAAUUUUAGUCCGCCAGAAAUAGAGCUACAUUGUCUUUUCGGUGACGGUUUGGACACUGUUGAACGUUUACAAUACAAAAAAGAUGCAAUCGUUGAUGAAACGCCAAAGUUGAUAAUGGGAAAGGGCGAUGGAACAGUAAAUCAACGCUCUUUACGUGCUUGUCAUGCAUGGAUUGGCCGACAAAACGCCAAUAUUACGAACGUAGCUUUAAACAAGGUUGAUCAUAUGGGUGUACUUGCACACCCAGAUGUAUUGAAUUACAUAAAAAAUAUUGUGCAGACGUAAAUUCUUCAACAUACAUGUAUAAAAACCAUAAACAUACAUAUGUACAUAUACACAACAUACAACAUACAUAUAUGUUGAACUCAAUAUUUUUUUAUACUUACAUUGAUUUCUACAUAUCUUACAUGGACUCGUGAAUUGUUAAAUACGUUUUUUCGAAAUCUAAUUUACAUUGACUUUCAAUGGUUUUAUCUUAAGAAAAUUUUAUGUUCUGUAACUAAUAAAUAUGACAUAAGCUACUUGAGUAACUGUGUGCAAUGAAAUAAAGAAUGCCUGACUGAUAUACACA